AGUUCAUGUCAUCGUUGUCAUAGUGAUAUGGGUGUUAUUUAGUUCUCUAUUAAGAAUCUUUUUUUAACACUAACAAGAAUUCUACCAACGAUUCUGUUUGCAAUAACAUGGCAAAAGCUACUACAAUUAAAGAAGCGUUAAAACGUUGGGAAGAUCAAAAUAAACAAAACUCGACGGAAGUGAAAGAAAUCAACCUGCAAUUUCAGUGGCCGCCAAUUGAAAAGAUGGACGCAACCUUAUCAACAUUAGUCAAAUGCGAGAAAUUGAGUCUAUCAACCAAUAUGAUUGAAAAGAUUACAGGAAUAAAUGGGAUGAAAAAUUUACGUGUUCUAUCGUUGGGUCGCAAUUACGUGAAAUCGUUUACCGGAUUGGAGGGCGUUGCUGAUACCCUCGAAGAGCUGUGGAUGAGCUAUAAUUUGAUCGAAAAGCUAAAAGGCAUCAAUGUGUUAAAAAAACUUCGUGUUCUCUACAUCAGUAAUAAUUUGAUAAAGGACUGGACCGAAUUUGCUCGACUUCAAGAAUUGCCUUCUUUAGAAAAUUUAUUGUUUACGGGAAAUCCGUUGCAUGAAAGUUAUACGGACGAAGCGACUUACCGUGCCGAAGUAAUUAAGCGUUUACCAUCACUUAAAAAAUUAGACGGAGAAUUAGUGGUGAGCGAUGUAGAUUCGCAAUUUGCACAAGCACAAGCUCAACAAUCGGCAACAAAUCCAACAAAUCCAGCUGAAUAAUUUAUGUUUUAUCAAGUAUAUUUAUUAUUAACAUUUUAAAAAGUGCUUGCUUUCAUUCUUAUGCAUAGUUUUCAGUUUUAAUGUCAUUUAGACCUAAUUCUUCAUUAUGUUCAAAUGUUCGUUCGUAUUUUUCAAUUGUUAAUCGUUCGUCUAGACUGCCAUCAUCGGUUAAUGCUUGUACAUAGCUAUUGCCAGCUGGGUCAUCCAAAAUGAUAGUCACUGUACGUUUUCCGCUCAUAAUGUCUUGCAAUGUUUCUGCAAACCUAUUUUAAAAUAGAUUUAAAUGUUUUUUUUUCUUCAAUAAAAUGAAUAGCCAUUUAAAUA